UACCAGCAACCUGUGCUGUUCAGAACGAUCCAGUCGCCGAUUGUGUGUUCAAGAGGUCGGUCGCACGAGCAACCGGAUAACCACGAAAUUUCUCGCGAUCGGUCGCGAUCGACGUGUUGGUGUAUGUACACUUAGAAUCGUAGGCGUAACGCAGCACGCGACACUCGACCAGUGCGGUGAAUCGAUCCCUCCGCGGGAUCAUGUGAUAAAGGAUCAUAGCAAAGGGAGUAACGGGGACGACGAACCAAGACCUGAUCGUUGGGAUUCAACGGACUGUGUCAACCGGAUCACCGAGUACGCCGUCUAAUGACCUUUGCCGAUCGACUGCAUGCACGAGGAGUCUCUGCGAGCGGGCUGGAAAUAGGCAACUGCUAAAAUCCCCACGAAAAUGCCAAGUCCUGUACGAAUCGGCCAUUAACACCUUACUUCCCGGUAAUUUUACCAAAAAAAUUGUUACUCGAAACUUCAAUGUAAGUACGUACAUACGUAGAAUACAUUAAAAUGACGAAAACAAUUUAAUUCAACGAACACGAUAUAAAACGCUCUUGUAAAGGCCUAUAUUGCCUUCAAACAAAAAUAAAUAAAAUACAAAUACUGUAUAAUUUGUGAACGGCUCGAGUUGUGGAAAUACGAGUUAACUCGUGACCGGUCAGCAAGGUGUUAAUAGCUAAAGUUUCUCAAGCUGUUCGAUACAUCAACAAGCACGUAUAAUAGUCACGGGCAACUCGAACAGCGAACAUAACUUAAAUCUGAAACGCGAAAGGAGGGAAGACGGUCUUAAACGCGUGAAUCGGGAGACACCACGAGGACAGAUAAAUCAACGACACAAAGGGAUUCAUGAAAGCCAACAGCAAAAGACGCAACGUCCACGAAAGGUGCGGCGACUAGGGAGAAAACGGUUACGCGCGCGAAAAGGUACAGUGAUGCGUUGAAGAUCCUUCUGGCCGGGAAAACAUGGAGAACGCGGUGAUCGCGCUCGACUCGACGGUCAGGAGCCAGGACUCGAACAACUCGAAGGAUUCCAGUAUCUCGGACUCGAAGCCUGAGAGUUGCCUGGAGUCGAAGCACUCGAAGGAGAUCCUGAUCUCGGAGAAACAGCAGAGCCAACAGCAGCAUCAGUCGCAUUCCGAUCAACUGCCGAUCGAACGGCAGAGACUGAGAAGCGCGGAAUUGAAGGAUGACUCGAACCUGUUGAUGUUCAUGUCCUGCGGGCAACUGCUACUUGGUAUAGUGCUGGUGGUGUUCGGGAUCCUGGUGUUGGUGCAUGGCGCCUCGCUGGGUGGUUCAGGUGCGGGGCUGUGGGCAGGUGUUGGCGCCCUGGUCGCAGGUGCGUUGGGCGUCGUCGCGACGCUCGCCACAUCCUCGAGCAAGGCGAACUCGAGCUUUUCGACCGGACACCUCGCCGCGAGCCUGAUCGCCCUUGCCCUCUCGAAUAUGGCCGCCAUCACGGCCUUGACUGCCAUCGUCAGGGACUCGCAGAGGACACCGGAAGUGACCUUACUCACUGUACCGGGUGACAAUAGCGAUAUGGACCAGGUGGAAGGAGGCUGGGCGGGUCUCCUAGCUAGCAUAGGCCUGCUGGUGUCCAGCUUAGCCGAGCUGCUGGUCUCUGGCUACAGUUGCCUGAUCCUGACCCCCAAACUUUGCGGUUGCCUAAGGACGAACAAUAACGAAGAACUGUUCUGCGACGGCCGGCUGAAGACCCGCAACAUGGUGCACCAGUGGGUCACGGCUCAGAGCCACGUGCCGAAAAGCCAGCCCAUCUACGUGGUGCAGCCGAUGCUGCCGAUGCACCCGAUGAUCCAGCCUCCUUAUGGAAUGCCAACACCUGCCGCAAAGUUUCCUGGAGGAUUCGUACCUGCUAGGCCCAUGCCAAUACCUGCUCCGUCUUAUGGUACCAUUCCUAUACUUCCCCCCCACAUGCCAUAUGCUGGACGACCCCCAUCUCAAAUGAUGAGACUGAAACAAAAACGCCACACAGGUAUGGAACAUGAGAGUACAACAGAGAGGAAAAGGCAAGUCGAAGGUAAAACGGACUCCCAGAAAAGGAUGUCUUCAAUAGGAGAAGAUCAAGUAGAUCUAGCGCAAACAUACACUGGACUGGACAAGAAAAUUUCAGAAGAGUUCAUCUCAAUUGCCAUGGAUCCUGAAAGAAAGUCAAAAGCUUCAAGCAGUCAUGGCAGUGAUAUUGGCACCUCGAAAACCUGUUGAGGACACCACGUAAUACUCCUCGGAAGGUGUAUCAUGCUACACCCCACUACUUAAUCUGUUUUCUCGUACACGUUUUUAGAAUUGCAGGGAAGAGUUUUUAACCAUCUAUCGUUGAACGUUUCACAUUUGUCUUGUUUUGGUUUUUACUAUACUGAAAGAUUUUGCUCAACGCUUGAUUUUUUCAGAUCCUGGAUAUAAUCAAGAUUAUAUUUACUUAUUCGUUAUAAAUGUACAUUAAUUAAUUACUGUUACAGAUUUUAGUUAGUUCGCUGUCAACCUUUGACUAUGUGAAUAAUUAAAAAAUAGUGGCCUAGACAAAGAACGAUACACUUUGUCUCGUCUUUAAUUAUAGAAAAAUGGCUAUGUACAAUGUGUAUAAUGACAAAUUAAUAUUUUACAAAUUAGUGAAUUUAUUUAUUUUCUAUGGUACGCAGUACCGAUUGUUAUUGAAUAAAUGUAUAUUGUUUGUUGAAACUUCGCCAACAUGUACCCGUGAAAAUAAGAUUCAGGCUUUAAAGGAUUAAUAUAAUACAUAUUUAUGUAUAUUUAUUACAUAAUAAUUCCAAAGGACAACUGUAGGCGUAAUGAUUCUCUAAUAAUGUAAUGUAAGAUAAAAUAUAAAUCAAGUAAUCUGCAAGAGUUCCAAAAACCCUUUUAUAAACUUAAUGAAAAACUGAAUAUUGUAACUCAUUGCCUAAGAAUUUUAAAGUCAACUUGUUACUGAAUGUACUGCCAAAGCUGUUCAAGUAUUUUCACAAUACACAUGUAUGAUUAUGUGGUUCAUGUAUAAAAUAAAAUUCUAAUAAAAUACUAUGGAAAUAUUCCAUACUGUUUAAAACAGGCAUUUAAACUAUGUGCAUCUUCGGAGAUAAAAAUGAUGUGAGUAAAAACUGUUUAAUGUUGACUUAUUUACAUUAUCUCCAAAUAUUAAACAUUUUUUCUCGAUUCAUUUCUUGAACAUUAUUGACAUUACUCUCACAGUCUUUUGUAUUAUUAAAUGGAACAAAGAAUGUAACGUUAAUGUUAAAAUGGAAAAUCUUUUAAGUCGUUUGUAAUUAUUGCUUUCUUCUAUUAUUUAGCUUUAAAGUGUUACGUGUAAUGUCAAUUUAUCAUACUCAUUACAGUGUACAGUGUAACAUUUUAUAAUACCCGACCUCGUAGAGAAAUUAUUCAUGGCUCCACGCAGACUAUAUCGUGUACAUGUAUAUCGUUUACUGUUAUAAAUAAAUAAAUUUUUAUGAUAAAUGCUGUUACAAAUUGUAUUACAAUAACUACAGAUAAUAGUACGCAGGGUGUAACAUCUAUCUUUCUCUGCUUAAUAUUUUAUUAAUGAAAUAUACUAUUAUACCUGAAUGUACAUGUUAUAUAUUACAUAAUUAUAUACAAUAAUAUGUAAAAAUAUCUGUCAUUUACGAUUAGUAAUAACUCUUAUUCGCUAUCAAAGCCACCCCCAGUUUGAUAACAAAAUAUAUAUAAAAAUACAUGUAAAACCAUCACAAUAAUUGGAAUUCAAUUUCUAAUACAUUAGUAUUAAAAUUAAGUAAUCACUGCUUAAAUUUUCUUUUUUUUUAAACACUGCAAAGCUAAUCUUUGAAGCAGUUUUCAUUUUAUGUAAAGCGUGCACAAAAGUUUUAUUAAAAAUUAUCUAUCUUUUUCUUCAGUAUUGAGUACAAACCACAAUUGUAUAUACUACCACCAUAGCCGUUAUUCG